GAGAAGAAAAGAAAAGAAAAGAAAAGAAAAAAAAAGAAGGAAGCAGCAGCCAAACGAGGAGAGAGAAAGAACAGAGCUUUGGCUCAAGUCGCUUCUGUUUUUGGGUUUUUUGUUAUUCGGAUCUGGUAAAAGCUGUUACACGGACCUUAGCUGCCCGACCCAAACCCGACUGGAAACCCUAACUUCGCCAUCUUCUCCAGCUUACGGCGACCGGUUCAGGCUCUUCCCCUCUCUCUUUCUCUCACAUAUUUGCAUUCAUUUUGUUAAAUACCUUUUUCGUUCUCUAAAGAUCGGAGGAUAUUCUCAACUCAGUGUUCCGUUCUCACCUUCUAUUAGGUCAGGUAUUUUUUUAAAUAAUAUUUGUUUGGUUGGAGAGAAGAAUUCGGAGGAAAGAAGGGAAACGAACUUGGGAAGCCAUUAUUUUUAUUUGAAAUUAUUUCCUUCCUUUCGAGCUAGAUAGAUAGCUGUUACGUGUGGUAUGGAGGCUUCAAAACCAGUGUGUUUUGAAUUCAGCAGUGUUACUAUGAAACAUAAUAAUUCUAGCAGUGUGGCUUUUUUUUAAUGAUAUUUAUUUUUUGGAAAACUUGACAGUCGAUGAUGACAUUAUUUCGCUAUUUUUCUCUCAAGCAAACAAAUUCUGUUUUUUUUUAAAUCAUUAUUUUUUUAUUUUGCAAUUUCUAUUGUUUGAUAGUGUAAAAUUUAUGGUAGUGUAGUUUUUGCUUUUAGAUUUUAUUUUGUGCUGGAAUUGCUUGCUACGAAUUUAGAAGCACAAAUUAAUGGCGUAUUCGCAUUUAGCAUCAAUGUGAUACCGUGCUAACAAACCCGUGGCAAAAAUGUUAUUCUUAGGAAAUCUACUCAGCUACCAAUCUUCAGUAUUCAUAGUUUCUCAAAAUGCUCUUAGAAAUAUAGUAAAAGAUUACCAACAUUUCAAACAAGAUAAAAUUUAAAUAUGGUGCAAUGAAAGAAAAGGUUAGUAUCCACCGUACUAACAGGGCAUUCUUAUUCUAGGAUUUGAUGGGUUUAUGUGUAGAAAUUAUAUAUUUACAUGUAUUGGACUAUUUUCUUUUAGGGAUGUUGCAUGCGCAAAAUAUCAUACAUUUGCUGUCCAACUUCUAAGCUUAUGUUACAAUCUUCAGGAUGGUCUAGUUAGCUGGGGAAAUUAUGGCUUCCAAAGGUCCAAGGUCUAAGCUUGAUCAUGAAUCAAGAGCUAAGCGCCAAAAGGCACUUGAAGCUCCGCGAGAACCUCGUAGGCCUAAAACACAUUGGGAUCAUGUUUUAGAGGAAAUGGUUUGGCUUUCAAAGGACUUUGAAUCUGAGAGAAAAUGGAAAUUGUCUCAAGCAAAGAAAGUCGCUUUAAGAGCCAGUAAAGGCAUGCUUGAUCAGGCUACAAGAGGAGAAAAGAAAUUGAAGGAGGAAGAGCAGCGGUUAAAAAAAGUUGCACUCAACAUUUCGAAGGAUGUAAAGAAAUUCUGGCUGAAAAUUGAAAAAUUGGUACUCUAUAAGCAUCAGAUGGAGCUUGAUGAGAAAAAGAAAAAGGCUCUUGAUAAGCAGCUUGAGUUUCUUUUGGGUCAAACUGAGAGGUACUCAACAAUGUUAGCAGAAAAUCUUGUUGACAAUUACAAGCCUGUGCAGCAAAAUCCUACACAGGAUCAACACAAAGAAGACGAUGGAGAUGACCCUAAUGAGUCUUCAGAACUGAAUGUUGAACCUCCAUCAGAUACAGCAGAUGUUGAUGAUGAUUAUGAUAUACAAUCUGAUGAUGAAUCCGAAGAUGAUGAACAGACAAUUGAGGAAGAUGAGGCUCUUAUAACUAAAGAAGAAAGGCAGGAGGAGCUGGUCGCUUUGCAAAAUGAAAUAGAUCUUCCUCUUGAGGAGCUACUGAAACGUUAUGCUGGGGAGGAAAAAGCAUGUGGAGAUAGCAUGGAGAGUAGUCCAGUAAAGGAUGAUGGGGAUGAACCAGCCCAGAUGGAAGAUAGUCACAGCAAUGAAAAUGAACUUUCUACAGCCAUAAAGAUUGAGAAAAGCAACUCCGUUGUAUCCACUGGUCGUCGUUGUCAGAGCGAAAGUAAUGGAAGCCAUUUAGUUUUGGAAAACCAUCUAUCAGAAGUUGAGACAUGUGAAGCCAAAAAUCUUGCAGAAGUUUCUGAGGACUUAGGGGAAGAAGAGGUGCCAUAUGAUUUUAAUGAUGAACGGGAAGAUGGUGAUUUUGUUCUCGGUAUCACAGAAGAAAAGGAUGAUGAGACAACCUUGUCAGAAGAGGAGGAAUUUGCUAAAACAGAUUCCCAUGAUCCUAUAGAUGAGAUUGCCCUGCUGCAAAAGGAGAGUGAAAUUCCCAUAGAAGAACUGCUUUCAAGGUAUAAAAAGGACCCUAUCAACGAUGAAGAUGGGGAUGAUAGAUCUGAGUAUGCCUCUGCUUUGUCAGAGGGCUUUGCAGAUUCUCUUUUACUUGAAGAUGUUGAAAAGAAGCAACUGGUUGUUUCUAUUGAUGAAAACAUUGAACAGAAGCAGGGUGAUGAAAACUCUGAACAGAAGCAGAGUGUUUCUGUGGUUGAAGAAGCUGAAUCUGAUGGACACCCCCCACCCGUGCAUUCUAUCAUGGAAGAACAGCAAGCCAAACAUGAUACUUUAUCUGAAGGAGGAAAGGAAAGUGAGGAUAUAAUUGCCGAUGCAGCUGCUGCUGCAAGAUCAGCACAACCAACAGGAAAUACCUUCUCCACAACAAAAGUACGGACCAAGUUUCCUUUUCUUCUAAAAUUCCCUCUUCGGGAGUAUCAACAUAUUGGCUUGGAUUGGCUUGUUGCAAUGUAUGAAAAAAGGCUGAAUGGGAUUCUUGCUGAUGAGAUGGGGCUUGGAAAGACAAUUAUGACUAUUGCUUUGUUGGCACACCUAGCAUGUGAGAAGGGAAUAUGGGGUCCACAUCUUAUUGUGGUUCCAACAAGUGUAAUGCUGAAUUGGGAAACUGAGUUUCUUAAAUGGUGUCCUGCUUUUAAGAUUUUGACAUAUUUUGGAAGUGCAAAAGAGCGAAAAUUGAAGAGGCAAGGCUGGUUAAAGCCCAACUCAUUUCAUGUAUGUAUAACAACUUACAGGCUGGUUAUUCAAGAUUCUAAAGUGUUCAAGCGUAAAAAAUGGAAGUACUUGAUAUUAGAUGAAGCUCAUCUGAUUAAAAAUUGGAAGUCACAGAGAUGGCAGACACUUUUGAACUUCAACUCAAAACGGCGUAUUCUAUUAACUGGUACUCCACUUCAGAAUGAUCUCAUGGAACUCUGGUCACUAAUGCAUUUCUUGAUGCCUCACAUUUUUCAGUCUCACCAGGAAUUCAAAGACUGGUUUUGUAAUCCAAUAGCAGGGAUGGUUGAGGGACAAGAAAAAGUAAACAAAGAAGUGAUUGAUCGUCUGCACAACGUCCUCCGUCCAUUUAUACUACGUCGUUUGAAACGAGAUGUGGAGAAGCAGCUUCCUAUGAAACUUGAGCAUGUAAUAUACUGUAGACUCUCCAAAAGGCAGCGUAACUUGUAUGAAGACUUUAUCGCUAGUUCAGAAACACAAGCUACUCUUGCAAAUGCAAAUUUUUUUGGGAUGAUUAGCAUCAUAAUGCAACUACGUAAAGUAUGCAAUCAUCCUGACUUAUUUGAAGGUCGUCCAAUUGUCAGUUCUUUCGAUAUGGCUGGUAUUGACAUUCAACUGUGUUCUUCUGUUUGCUCAGCACUUUCAUGUGGACCAUUGUCUAGAGUUGAUCUCAGGGACAUGGGUUUUGUGUUUACUCAUCAUUGUUAUAGAAUGACUUCUUGGGAGAGUGAUGAAGUUAAAGCUCUUGCUACCCCCUCAAAUUUAAUAAAAGCACGUGGCGAUCUGCUUAACCUCGAAAAGAUUGUGUCUGGAUCUGAAAAUCGAAAAUUGCUUGGAUCAAAUAUUUUUGAAGAUAUACAGAGGGCAAUAAUGGAGGAGAGGAUAAAAGAAGCAAAGGAUCGUGCAGCAACCAUUGCAUGGUGGAAUUCUUUGAGGUGUGAAAGAAAACCCAUGUACUCAACGACCCUAAGGGAGCUUGUCACAGUAAGGCAUCCUGCUCAUGAUAUUCAUUGUCAUAAGGCUAAUCCUCGCUCUUAUACGUAUUCGAGAAAGCUUGCUGACAUAAUCUUGUCACCUGUGGAACGCUUUCACAAAAUGCUUGACCUAGUUGAAAGUUUCAUGUUUGCAAUCCCAGCUGCACGGGCUCCACCACCUGUUUGCUGGUGUAGUAAAUCUGGGAGUUCUGCUUUUCUUCAAUCAACUUAUAAGCAGAAGUGCACCAAAAUAUUCUCUCCACUUUUGACUCCUUUAAGGCCUGCAAUUGUUCGGAGGCAAGUUUACUUUCCUGACAGGAGGCUUAUACAGUUUGACUGUGGUAAGUUACAAGAGCUUGCAAUUUUGCUUAGGAAAUUAAAGUCAGGAGGUCACAGAGCACUAAUAUUCACUCAGAUGACAAAGAUGCUAGAUGUUUUGGAGGCUUUUAUAAAUCUGUAUGGUUACACUUAUAUGCGUUUAGAUGGAUCCACUCCACCCGAGGAGAGGCAAACUUUGAUGCAAAGGUUUAAUACCAAUCCAAAAAUAUUCCUUUUUAUCUUAUCAACACGUAGUGGAGGAGUUGGCAUCAACCUAGUUGGGGCAGAUACAGUUAUCUUUUAUGAUAGUGACUGGAAUCCUGCUAUGGACCAACAAGCUCAAGAUCGAUGCCACCGAAUUGGACAGACACGUGAAGUUCAUAUUUAUCGAUUGAUUAGUGAGAGCACCAUUGAAGAGAAUAUUUUGAAGAAAGCAAAUCAGAAGCGUGCCCUAGAUGAUCUAGUGAUACAGAGUGGGGGCUACAACACUGAAUUCUUUAAAAAGCUUGAUCCUAUGGAACUGUUUUCUGGUCAUAGAUCACUUCCAAUCAAGAAUGUUCAGAAGGAGAGAAAUUACAAUGGAAAUGAAAUAUCUCUGUCUAAUGCAGAUGUUGAGGCUGCUUUAAAACACGCAGAAGAUGAAGCUGAUUACAUGGCAUUGAAGAAAGUUGAACAGGAAGAAGAAGUUGAGAAUGAAGAGUUCACAGAAGAAACCAUUGGGAGACUGGAAGAUGAUGAAUUAGUAAAUGAGGAUGAUGUGAGGGUUGAUGAGCCUGCAGAUCAUAGUGGCUGGAUGAUAUCAUCGAACAAAGAAAAUGUCUCCAUGCAGAAUAGGAGUGAUACUAAUGAAGAAAAAGUUCUUACAGUAGUUGUUAAGGAAGAUGAUGUUGACAUGUUGGAUGAUGUUAAACAAAUGGCUGCCGCAGCUGCAGCAGCAGGGCAAGCAAUAUCAUCCUUUGAGAAUCAUUUGCGACCAAUAGAUAGGUAUGCAAUUCGCUUUCUAGAAUUAUGGGACCCCAUUAUUGACAAGGCAACAGUGGAAUCUCAAGUAGGGUAUGAGGAAACAGAAUGGGAGUUGGACCGCAUUGAGAAGUACAAGGAGGAAAUGGAAGCUGAAAUUGAUGAAGAUGAGGAACCUCUUGUGUAUGAGAGAUGGGAUUCUGAUUUUGCAACUGAGGCAUAUCGGCAGCAGGUUGAAGCACUGGCUCAACAUCAGUUGAUGGAGGAUCUGGAAUGUGAGGCAAGGGAGAGGGAAGAUGAAGAAGCUGAAAAUCGUGACUCUAUGAACAGGAAUGAUAUGCCAAGUGAUCUGAAACCUAAGGCUAAAAAGAAACCAAAGAAAGCCAAGUUCAAAUCCCUAAAGAAAGGAUCACUAGCUUCUGGAUCGAAAUCUGUGAAAGAAGAGCCAUCAGCGGAUGCUAUGUCCAUGGAUGAGGACACUUUCUCUCAAGAGAUGCUCACAUUCUCAGAUGCAGCAUCUCCGCAUUCAGUCAUGAAAAAAAAACGGAAAAAGGUUGAAAUUACUAUAAAUGGUAGUGAAGAGAAGACUUCAAAGAAAAAGUCCAAGAAACUCAAGAGGAGUACUGUUGAGAUAUGCUCUCUUGAUUUAGAUACUGAUUUUCCUGUUGUGCAGCAUGAUGGACUUACAGAUUCAAAACCUGCUGAAAGUGUAGUUGAGUCUGAGCAGAGACCACUUAACAGAAGCAAGAUGGGAGGAAAAAUAUCCAUCACUUCCAUGCCCUUAAAGCGAGUUUUAAUGAUAAAACCAGAAAAGCUAAAGAAGGGGAAUGUUUGGUCAAGGGAUUGUGUUCCUUCUCCUGAUGUUUGGUUGCCUAUGGAGGAUGCUAUAUUAUGUGCUGUGGUACAUGAAUAUGGCCCAUAUUGGAACUUGGUUAGUGACAUCCUAUAUAGCAUGACUGCUGGUGGGUUUCAUAGGGGAAGAUAUCGACAUCCUGUCCAUUGUUGCGAGAGGUUUAGAGAACUCAUCCAACGGUAUAUUUUGUCUUCUUCAGACAACCCAAAUCAUGAAAAGGUCAGCAAUGCAGGAUCUGGAAAGGCUCUUCUGAAAGUUACCGAGGAAAACAUUCGAACACUGUUAGAUAUUGCUGCUGAGCAGCCAGACCCAGAAUUGCUCCUUCAGAAACACUUCACUGCAUUGCUGUCGACUGUCUGGAAGAUGAACUCUCGUGUUGAUCGCCUAAAGAAUCUUGCAUCAUCACGAAAUAGUGUCUUCUCUGGUGGAAAAAAAUUCAGUUCAGGCAACCAGAUUUCUCAUACUUCUGUUAGGGAACCUGGAGAAAGACUAAAAUUUAUCAUUUUGGGAAAGAGUAGUAGGAUAGUGGCAGCUGCACUUGAUAAUGUUGAUAGUAGAAAACAGGAUGACAAAGCAUCUCCUUCUAAUCAUAGUAGAGAUAUAUCAGCAAAUACUGAACGGCUGGAUAUAACUCUGGAAUUCCAAGGAGAAAUGGGUGAUACAUUGGCUUCUCUGCCUUCUAUUCUGAACUUAACAAUAAUUGGUUCUGACCCUCUUUCCUUUGUAAGCAAAGAUGAGGGGGUAGAUCAUCUCAGAACUUCUAUUCAUGUGGCUGAGAACCGUUCCAGGGCUGCUACAAGAGCUUGUCUUGAAGACAGACUUGGGUGGGCUUCGUCUGCAUUCCCAACAAAUGACAUUAGACCUCGUUCCGCAGCAAAAUUACCGUCCUUGGGAAAGCACAAGCUCCCAUUCCCUGAUUUGAACAAACCUUCCAAGUCAAAAUUCAAGAAAUCAGCUGAGAAUGGUGAGUUACGCCACCUUCCUGGGGAGCAGAAUAUUCUCCAACCAUUGCCAACCAUGGCAUCACCAAUUGAUCUCAACCUAUUCAGUCCGAGCUCACCCUUAAGUACAGAUAUUCAGAUUGAUGAUCUGGAAAUUAAUUCCUUAACUGAUAUGGAUAAGUUAACUCCUUUAGAAGAGGAUGGUUUUGAAACAGUUGAACACAAUUAUGUUCCUGACUUUAUCACUGGUCUUGAUGACUGUACAUUAUUUCCGGAAUUCACGGACAUUGGUUAGGGUGAAUCUCAAUCUUGGCUAAAACCAAUUUUGUGCUGAAGCUAUCAUAAAUUUUGGAACGAAGGGAAUCUCUCGUCGGAUCUAGAUUGGAAAUAAUGAACAUGAACUCUUAAGCAUUGUUUCUCUCAUCACAUUCAGAUGCUCAUCACGAGGAAGUUCAGAACAUUUGCCAAGUUUUACCAGCUGGGUGAAUAAGAACCAGAGCUGGUCCUGCUGAGGGGGGAUCCGUGGUUGGGGGGGAUUUGAAAUGUAACAUAAAAAAAUUUUGCAAGUUCAUUUCUCACUUGGGAAAUCUGUGAUUAUUUAUCGGGGCCUUAUUAGAGAUUUUUUGUGAAUGAGUAGAUUUUCCCCAAUAGCAAGUAGUAAAAGGAAAUUAAAAAACUAUUGAUUAUGUCAAAAAUGGAAAGAAUCUCAUAGUCAAGUUACCUUUCUCACUUAAAUUUACAAUCGGACAAAAGUAGCCUUUUCCUUCA